AAAUGGCGUGUCUCCACUUCCAGAUUUCUAUACUGCAUUGAGCAUCGCAGGACGGGUUCGUGAGCCAGGCGAGUCCCUCAACAGCAUCUACGGCCAAUCUAGGGACAGAGUAAUGGCAAUAUCCCGACGCUAACAAAUCUCUCGAAUCCGUGUUCUUGGUCUUGAUCUCCAUUAAACGCACGACUGGAAAUCCGUGAACGAAUCAUGGAAGAUUCAAAGCCAGGACACAGCCAAGAGCCCCAGCAAGUCAAACAAAUCACAGCAUCUCCGGGAACCAAGACAGCGUCCAAAUCAAGCAGUGCGGAAAGUCUUCGUGGCACCGUCACUUAUCCUUUUGGUAGCGAACAGCCUGUUAUUGAAGCCGAUCCAGAAACUCUUGCGGUUGAAAAUGAUACCGACUCUACCUUUGGCCACGACAGUGCAAGCUCAACGCAGUCUAUGCGGCCUUCGCAAUGGGACUAUACAUACGAAAAUGGUCGGCGGUAUCACUCAUAUGGAUCAACCCCGUAUUUCUCUCCCAACGAUGAGCCAGAGAAUGAUCGACUAGAUAUUUGCGCGCACAUGUUCUCCCUCCUGAUGGAUGGUGAAUUGCACUAUGCCCCCAUUGGCAAUGAUCCGCAGCGCAUUUUAGAUCUUGGAACAGGGACCGGAAUCUGGGCUAUUGAUAUGGCGGAUAAAUAUCCUUCUGCAUUUGUCAUCGGCAACGACAUCAGCCCUGUCCAAACAAACGUAAUUCCACCAAAUUUGCAAUUCGAAGUCGAUGAUAUUGAACAAGAGUGGCAAUACUCCUAUCAAUUCGAUUUCAUUCACUGCCGGUAUUUGAAUGGAGCGAUCCGAGACUGGCCAAAGCUAGUUCAACAAGCGUUCAAGUAUACAAAACCGGGAGGGUGGGUAGAGUUUAUGGACUUUACCAUGACAUUCUACACAAACAAUGGCGAGUUUAAGCCUGGUUGCGCGAUAGAUAUGUGGACGCGCGAAUUGAAGGCAUGGCUCGCCUCUAUAGGCGUAGAAGCGGAGCCUGGGCCCAAGUUGAAAGGUUGGAUUACAGAUGCGGGUUUUGAAAACAUUCACGAACGCAACGUGGCGUUGCCGGUAGGGAUGUGGCCAAAAGAUAAAAAAUUUAAAGAGAUUGGAACUUUCAACCUCAUUCAAUUUCUUGAAAACUUGGAAGGCUUCUCACUGCGAGCGAUGACAUCACGGGGCUGGGACAUUGAUGAGAUAAAAGUGUUUUUGGCCACUGUGAGGAACGAGUUCAAGAAUCCCAAGUUUCGAAUGCAGCACGACGGCUACAUUAUUUGGGCACAGAAACCAGCGAAGUAGACGUUUCAUGGCCCCGCUCGAAAUAAGAGAUACAAGCAUUGCAAAAAGAUAGGAAAGUUAGACGUCCCAUUUCGGCAGUCAAUGCGUGCAAGCAUAACGGAGCUCGCCUAGAGAAUAUGAAUAAAUCCAUGCCAUGAGCUUCUUAUCAUGCGUCCCAAAGCUACGGCAUAUUAUCCAGUUUAUAAUAUGCCCAGCCGACCUUCACGAAUCGAGGCAGUGCUAGCUCUUGCAAUCCGAGUUUCAAUUCAAGUGCAAGUUGAACGAAUUUGUAGAUGCAUAAAGCUUGAUGAUUAAAAUCCGCUCGAGUCAUCUCUCAGACGCCAUGGUUACAUGCGUGUCAUCAGAAUCAU